AUGCCUGCCGUCAGAGGAGAUGGAAUGCGAGGACUCGCAGUUUUUAUAUCAGAUAUACGGAAUUGUAAGAGUAAAGAAGCAGAAAUAAAAAGAAUUAAUAAAGAACUUGCUAACAUACGUAGUAAAUUUAAAGGUGACAAAACCUUAGACGGAUAUCAGAAGAAGAAGUAUGUCUGCAAACUCCUGUUUAUCUUUCUGCUGGGGCAUGAUAUUGAUUUCGGUCAUAUGGAAGCAGUGAACUUAUUGUCCUCCAAUAAAUACUCAGAGAAGCAAAUUGGAUACCUUUUUAUAUCAGUUUUGGUAAAUACUAAUAGUGAUCUCAUAAAACUUAUCAUACAGAGCAUUAAAAAUGACUUGCAGUCUCGAAACCCUAUUCACGUAAAUCUUGCACUACAAUGUAUAGCUAAUAUUGGCAGUAAGGAUAUGGCUGAGGCUUUUGGAACCGAGAUUCCAAAAUUACUAGUGUCUGGUGACACCAUGGAUGUAGUCAAGCAAUCAGCAGCACUAUGUCUUCUCAGAUUGUUUCGUAAGUGUCCAGAAAUUAUUCCAGGAGGAGAAUGGACUUCAAGAAUCAUACAUCUGCUGAAUGACCCACAUAUGGGGGUAGUCACCGCUGCCACAUCUCUUAUAGAUGCACUUGUAAAGAAAAAUCCAGAAGAAUAUAAAGGGUGUGUCACACUGGCUGUAGCACGCCUUAGUAGGAUUGUCACUGCAAGUUAUACUGAUUUACAGGAUUAUACAUACUAUUUUGUACCAGCUCCUUGGUUAUCUGUUAAACUUUUGCGCUUGCUCCAGAACUACACCCCACCUUCAGAAGAACCUGGAGUUCGUGGACGUUUAUCUGAAUGCUUGGAAACCAUAUUUAAUAAAGCUCAAGAGCCUCCCAAGUCAAAGAAAGUGCAGCAUUCAAAUGCAAAGAAUGCCGUUCUAUUUGAAGCAAUAAGUCUUAUAAUUCACAAUGAUAGUGAACCUAAUUUACUAGUUAGGGCGUGCAAUCAGCUUGGACAAUUUUUAAGUAACAGGGAAACUAAUUUAAGAUACUUAGCACUUGAGUCAAUGUGCCACCUUGCAACAUCAGAAUUUUCCCAUGAAGCUGUUAAAAAGCAUCAGGAAGUUGUAAUUUUAUCUAUGAAAAUGGAAAAAGAUGUGUCUGUCAGACAGCAAGCUGUAGAUUUACUAUAUGCCAUGUGUGAUAAAACAAAUGCUGAAGAAAUUGUCCAAGAAAUGUUGGCUUAUCUUGAAACAGCUGAUUAUUCAAUCAGAGAAGAAAUGGUCCUCAAAGUUGCCAUACUGUCUGAAAAAUAUGCUACUGACUUCACUUGGUAUGUUGAUGUCAUAUUAAAUCUUAUAAGAAUAGCUGGAGAUUAUGUUUCAGAGGAAGUGUGGUAUAGAGUUAUUCAAAUUGUCAUAAAUAGAGAUGAAGUCCAAGGAUAUGCAGCAAAGACUGUUUUUGAAGCCCUUCAAGCUCCAACUUGUCAUGAAAAUAUGGUAAAAGUGGGUGGAUACAUACUGGGUGAAUUUGGAAACUUAAUUGCUGGUGAUACAAGAUCUUCACCACAAGUCCAAUUCGAACUGCUCCAUUCAAAAUAUCAUCUUUGUUCUGCAGCUACGAGAGCACUGCUAUUGUCAACUUACAUUAAACUGGUAAAUCUCUUCCCUGAAAUUAAAAACAGAGUGCAAGAAGUUUUCCGUGCUGACUCAAAUUUACGAUCUGCUGAUGUAGAAUUACAACAAAGAGCUUCAGAAUAUCUGCAGUUAAGUAUAGUAGCCAGUUCAGAUGUAUUAGCAACAGUUUUGGAGGAAAUGCCUGCAUUCCCAGAACGAGAAUCUUCUAUUUUGGCUGUACUGAAAAAGAAGAAACCAGGUCGCAUACCUGAUGAUGUAAAGGAGUCUAAGAGUCCUCAACCCAGUAUCACACCAGCUCCAGUUAUUAAUAAUUCUAUUAACAGCAAUAAUUCCAGUGCCGAUCUUCUUGGUCUAUCAACUCCACCUGGCACUAAUGCCACUACAGGAAAUGGUUUAUUAGAUGUUCUAGGAGAUUUAUACUCUACACCCAAGAAAAGCCCAACUACUGUACAACAAAAUAAUAUUAAGAAAUUUUUGUUUAAAAAUAAUGGAGUACUCUUUGAAAAUGAUCUCAUACAAAUUGGAGUUAAAAGUGAAUUCAGACAAAAUUUGGGAAGAAUUGGACUGUUUUAUGGUAACAAGACACAAUCUGCUAUUCAAAAUGUCCAUCCUGAAUUACAUUGGACUGAUUUGCACAAACUGAAUGUGCAAAUGAAACCUAUGGAACCUGUUCUGGAAGCAGGUGCUCAAAUUCAACAAAUGCUGACAGCUGAGUGCAUUGAAGAUUUUGCUGAUGCACCGAGCAUGUCGGUAUCAUUCCUCUACAACAAUGUCCCACAGAAAAUCUCAAUGAAACUGCCAUUAACACUAAAUAAAUUCUUUGAACCAACUGAAAUGAAUGGUGAAUCAUUCUUUGCUAGGUGGAAGAAUUUAGGUGGUGAACAACAAAGGGCGCAAAAAAUUUUCAAAGCUCAAGGCGCAAUAGAUAUCCCAGCCACUCGAACUAAACUGGCUGGUUUCGGUAUGCAAUUAUUAGAUGGCAUUGAUCCCAAUCCUGACAACUUUGUAUGUGCAGGAAUAGUACAUACAAGAGUUCAGCAGGUAGGAUGUUUAAUGAGAUUGGAACCUAACAAACAAGCUCAAAUGUUUAGACUUACUGUAAGAUCAAGUAAAGAAACGGUUUCACAGGAAAUAUGUAAUUUGCUAGCUGAUCAAUUCUAA